AUGUCUAGCGGCCUCAGCGGCCCCUCUGUCCUCGCCGGGGACUCAAAUGGACGCCUCCCCUUUCUGGAGGCGACACAAAUGGCGGCUGCCGAAGGCCCCUCCUUCGAGGCGGGACUCCGCCCCCUUCUCGAGUCUCCUUCCCGCCUAUUGUUUUUUUCCAAGUUUCUGGAUGAGAAAAGGACAGAGAUUAAAACCCGUGCCAUGGUCAGCAGGCUAGUAAGCGUUUUAGGUUAUGGGGCUUGGAGCACUGGAGCUCCUAACACUCAGGGUGCAUAUGGGACCAGUGCAGCCAACUGGCAAGGCUAUGAAGGUUACAAUUAUUAUGGUGCCCAGAACACUGGUGUUACUCCUGGGGCUACAUAUAACUACAGCACAGCCUCCUGGGAGGCUCCCAAGACAGACGGUACAAGCCUUGGAGAUGGGAGUGCUACCAUGCAGAUUGCCACCUAUGGGACAGAGACUAUCACUGAUAAUUCUGAUUCUCUCAUUGCCAAGAUCAACCAACGCUUGGACAUGAUGUCGAAGGAAGGAAGCAGGGGCGGGGCCGGCGGCAGUGGGGAGGGCAUGGAAGACCAGGAGAGUUCUUUCAGAUUUGAGUCUUUCGACUCCUACACUCCAGGGCUCCCAAUGACUGAUCACAAUCUCUACCGCUCAAGCUACAAUUAUGACUAUGACCUAGGCUCUGAUCAGAGUGAUGGCUUUGAAGUCAGUAUGAUGACCACCAAGACCUGUCUCACAAGCCGAGCGUCUCUUUAUGGGCAUUGUUCAGGAAAGUGUCAGAAUCAGUUCCGGGAUCGGGGUCAUCCCAACACUUAUAUGCGCAAUGAUCACUUCAUGCCACCUCAAGCACAGAGCGUUUUGUCUGCUCGCUGGAAUGAGUUGAACUAUAUGGGUGGAAGGGGAAUGGGAGGACCCUGCCCAACAGUGCCUUCUCUGUUCUCACAAGCUGUGGUCCCUGAUUAUGGCAUGAUGGGCAUGCAAGGAAUGAACAGGUUUGGCAAUACUUAUGGAUGUGGCAGGUCACGGAACAGAAUGAGAGACCGGUCCAGAAGAAGGGGGUUUAAUCACUCUGGACAAGAUGGCAUAAGCAAAAAACGUAAGCAGUCCCAAAGUGGUGAAGAGCCAGACUACAAGCAGGCCCGAACAGAUAGUGAAGGAGAUGAUUCAGAUAAUGAUGGUGGAGAUGGUGAUUACCAGUUGGAAGAUGAAGGCAACAGGGGUGAUGAGGAAUUGGAUGAAGAAGGAAGGAGGAGAGGGGAUAAGGGUGAUGAAGAUGAUGAAGUAAAAAAGAAGAGAGAGAAACAGCGAAGAAGGGACAGAAUGCGGGACCGAACAGCAGACAGGAUUCAAUUUGCCUGUUCCAUAUGCAAGUUUCGUAGUUUUAAAGAUGAAGAAAUCCAUAAGCACCUACAGAGCAAGUUCCAUAAAGACACACUGCGCUUCAUUGGUACUAAGCUACCUGACAAGACAGUGGCGUUCUUACAGGAAUACAUUGUGAACAGGAAUAAGAAAAUAGAGAAGCGUCGUCAGGAGCUGACUGAGAAGGAAAGUGUAAAGCAGAAACCAGACCCUUUCAAAGGAAUUGGCCAGGAACACUUUUUUAAAAGGAUUGAAGCUGCGCAUUGUAUGGCUUGUGACAUGUUAAUUCCUGCCCAGUACCAUCUUCUUCAGCGGCACCUUUAUUCUGCUGACCACAAUCACAACCGCCGUCUUGCUGCUGAACAAUUCAAGAAGACAAGCUUACAUGUGGCUAAGAGUGUCUUGAACAACAGACAUAUAGUGAAAAUGCUUGAAAAAUACCUCAAGGGUGAAGAUCCCUUCACAGAUGAAAUAGUGGAUCCAGAUGUUGAAGGAGAUGAAGACAAAGAGGAAACUGCUGAAGAGGUCGUUACAGCAGUGUUAGCAGAGGUCAUUGCUGCAGCCGUCAGGGCAGUUGAUGGAGAAGAAGCCAUACCACCACAAGAGAACAGUGAAGUAAGGACCGAAGGACAAAGCAUUGUUGAUACUGAUGAUGCUAGAAAUGGUGAUAUUUCCAUCCAGCCAUUGGAAGAAGAAAUAGUAAGCAAACCAACAUGUGAGAAUGGGAAUACAUGUAUCGGAACCAGCAGUGACGACAGCCAGAGCAGAGAGCUAGACCCAGAUGGGGAUGGCAUGGGAUCUGUCAAUGCUCUUGAAAAAGAAGCAGAAUCAGAAGAUGAGAUUGUGGUAGAAUAAGGUUGUUGGGUGGUUGUUUUUUUCUGUGAAGGUGAUUUAUUGGGCCUGACUAUAGAAUCCAUGGAUGUGUUUUCUUUGGAUGCAACACUCAAGUACGUUGCUGGAAGACAUUAUGGGAUUUCAGCGAAGGAACCCAUCAGGGGCUGUUUCACUGGUGUAUUCUGUAGAUUUGCUUAGUAAUGCUAUGCUUUCUACAUCCUUUUGUUUUAGGUUGAAGAUUGCACAAAGUUGCACAUUUCUUAAGAAAUAAUAAAACUAUAGUUCUCCUUUUGACCUUCAAUUGAAGAGCAUCAUUUGCAAAUAAAACUUGAUAGUUUCAUCACUAAAUAUA